GCGCUGCUAUGGAAAGAUGCGAUCAGAAAGCUGACGAAUAGAAGCUGUUCCCGAGUGGUCAUUUCGGUAAUAGUGGCUAAAACAAACAUUGCGCGAUAUCAACCCUCCAUAUACGGUCUCCUUUGGUUGGGGGCAACAAACUGCGUAUGCACCGAACAAAUACUUUUAAAGAAAUGUCCAUGCUGUAGCAUUACAACGCAGACUUUCCUCGGCGUUUCCAGCUCGAGAGCUCCAGCAUGUCUAAGCGGCGCUCAUUGGAGAGGGGGGCCGGAGAGACCUCAAGCAGGGCCAGCAAGCUCCUCUGUCCUGGAAUAGCUGGAAGCAACGCCAAGAGGGCAGGUCCCUUUGUCCUGGGGCCUCGUUUGGGGAACUCGCCCGUGCCAAGCAUAGUGCAGUGUCUGGCCAGGAAGGAUGGGACGGAUGACUUCUACCAGCUAAAGAUCCUGACGCUGGAGGAGCGGGGAGACGCGACCGGGGAGACCCAGGAGGAGAGGCAGGGGAAGAUGCUGCUGCACACCGAGUACUCCCUCCUCUCGCUGCUCCAUAACCAGGAUGGAGUGGUGCACCACCAUGGUCUGUUCCAGGACCGGGCGUACGAGAUUGUGGAGGACCCGGAGGCCAACAAUGGCAAGGUGCGCCGACUGAAGAAGCGGAUCUGCCUGGUGCUGGACUGCCUCUGUGCGCACGACUUCAGCGACAAGACUGCGGACCUCAUCAACCUGCAGCACUACGUCAUCAAGGAGAAGCGCCUGAGCGAGCGCGAGGCCAUCGUCAUCUUCUACGACGUGGUGCGCGUGGUGGAGGCCCUGCACAAGAAAAACAUUGUGCACCGAGACCUGAAGCUUGGAAACAUGGUGCUGAACAAACGAACUCAUCGGAUUACCAUCACCAACUUCUGCCUGGGCAAGCACCUGGUGAGUGAGGACGACCUGCUGAAGGACCAGCGAGGAAGUCCAGCCUACAUCAGUCCUGACGUACUGAGUGGGCGGCCAUACCACGGAAAGCCCAGUGACAUGUGGGCCCUUGGCGUGGUGCUGUUCACCAUGCUCUACGGCCAGUUCCCCUUCUACGACAGCAUACCUCAGGAGCUAUUCCGCAAGAUCAAGGCUGCAGAGUACUCCAUCCCAGAGGACGGGCGUGUGUCAGAGAACACUGUGGGUCUUAUACGGAAGCUGCUGGUGCUAGACCCCCAGCAGAGGCUGACUGCUGCCGAGGUCCUGGAGUCUCUCAGCGGCAUUAUUGCCUCAUGGCAGUCGGUAUCCUCUUUGACCGGUCCUCUUCAGGUUGUACCGGACAUCGAUGACCAGGUCAGCCACCCAGAGCAUCUCCAGGAGGUGAAAAUGACGGAGGAGUCGUCACAGUACGAGUUUGAGAACUACAUGCGCCAGCAGCUGCUGCUGGCCGAGGAGAAGAACACUAUUCACGAGGCCAAGGCCAGUUUCCUUGCCAAGCGCCAGUUCAGUGCCAUCCCGCCCGUGCGGCGCCUAGGCCACGAUGCCACACCCGUCAACCCUCUGGACGCAGCCAUCCUGGCCCAGCGCUUCCUCCGGAAGUAGCCCCUUCACCAUCACCUUGCCCUCUGGGGGAGAAGUGGGGUGGGGGACAAGGGUUGGGUCGGGAAGGUACCCUGAAACUAGUAUCUAUGGGAGCUUAGCCCGACCCUCCCUUGGGUAGAGGGAUCCCUAGCUGUGGAGAGUUAGGUAGGUGGAGUGGGAACAGGGGGGGGGGCAGAACUGAUCACUCACCUGACAACCUCUCAUAGUUUUCACACUUCAAGUCUGGGUGUCGGUGGUGUGCACAGGAAUGACAUGGCUGGAGAAUCUGAAGAUCUCAACCAAAGGCUCCCACUGAACCCACCCCCCAGCCAGCCAGCCAGCCAGCCAGCUAUGGGCACAUAUGGACUCAGCCAGCCAGCUAUGGGCACAUAUGGACUCAGCCAGCCAGCUAUGGGCACAUAUGGACUCAGCCAGCCAGCUAUGGGCACAUGUGGACUCAGCCAGCCAGCUAUGGGCACAUGUGGACUCAGCCAGCCAGCUAUGGGCACAUGUGGACUCAGCCAGCCAGCUAUGGGCACAUGUGGACUCAGCCAGCCAGCUAUGGGCACAUGUGGACUCAGCCAGCCAGCUAUGGGCACAUGUGGACUCAGCCAGCCAGCUAUGGGCACAUGUGGACUCAGCCAGCCAGCUAUGGGCACAUGUGGACUCAGCCAGCCAGCUAUGGGCACAUGUGGACUCAGCCAGCCAGCUAUGGGCACAUGUGGACUCAGCCAGCCAGCUAUGGGCACAUGUGGACUCAGCCAGCCAGCUAUGGGCACAUGUGGACUCAGCCAGCCAGCUAUGGGCACAUGUGGACUCAGCCAGCCAGCUAUGGGCACAUGUGGACUCAGCCAGCCAGCUAUGGGCACAUGUGGACUCAGCCAGCCAGCUAUGGGCACAUGUGGACUCAGCCAGCCAGCUAUGGGCACAUGUGGACUCAGCCAGCCAGCUAUGGGCACAUGUGGACUCAGCCAGCCAGCUAUGGGCACAUGUGGACUCAGCCAGCCAGCUAUGGGCACAUGUGGACUCAGCCAGCCAGCUAUGGGCACAUGUGGACUCAGCCAGUCAGCUAUGGGCACAUGUGGACUCAGCCAGUCAGCUAUGGGCACAUGUGGACUCAGCCAGCCAGCUAUGGGCACAUGUGGACUCAGCCAGCCAGCUAUGGGCACAUGUGGACUCGUACAGGCCAGGGGGAUACCAGACAGGCGUGUGUGUUUGGACAUGGAAAAUCCCCCCCCAUACGUUUCUCUCUGCUGAGACCUGGCCAUCGCCCUCCUACCUACCCCCAUUUAUUCUUGAAAACCCUGAGCAAUACAGGGCCAGAAGAACCAUGUAGCAACCUUCCUCUAACCUCCCUCUCCUCAACUCUCCAAACUAAGAUCACUUGAUCAUGGAUGUAAUUCACUCUCUUUAGUUUCCUCAUAACCAAAAUUAUCUGGACUAGUCCCGUCUCUAAGCUGAAGACUUCAAAUCUACCUCUCUCAAUCUUUACUUUGAUUUUUUUUGUGCAUUUUAAACCAUGUCCACCAUUCUCGGAAAACAAGGAAUUGUCGGGGUAGUGUUGUCACCGUAGACAGAAAGCAUUACUAUGUUUUGGUGCAUAAUGGUUUGGAAUGUGGAAUAUGAAUAAGCUUUUUCCCUUAUGACUAAUAAGUAGCAUUUUAUCCUUCUAUUCUACAUUGAAAAUGCUAACUAUCAAAGGGUGGCCAAAUCGACUACUUCUGUCUUUAAGUCUAGCAGAUUAUAUUGUUUUCUUGCUUUCGCUCUCAUCCCCAUUAUUUUUGCAUUUAGGUGUCAAGUACCUGGAAGAGCUGGAUGGGGCGACGUUUAUUAGAUGUUUAAUGUUGAUCCUCUCCCGUUAUUGCUCUUCUAAUUGGCAUCUUUGGUUAAUAAUCACGACGUGGACACUAUAAUUUUGGGGGGGUGGUGAAAUCAUGGCGCGUCUUAACUGAUUGUUAACCAAGGAAAUAUUCAAUACUUCCCGUUUUAUCCUGUGACAUCAUCAUUGUGAGACAGGUAUUGGGCAUGAAUUUGAGUGAAUGGUAAUGCCAGUGAUUGUCAUUGUGUAGAUAAGUGUGAUUUGGGCCAGGGGUGUAUUAGACUAAGCCAGGGCCUUUUCAGUGGUAGGUGCCGACUAGAGCCACGUUAUUGAAGCCCAGUGAGUCAGUGCAGAUCCUUAAACUAACCAUCCUUCCCAAUCUGUUUAUCUUGCCUGCCUCAGUUGCUCGCACACACUGAGAACAUACAGGUUUUUCUAAGACUGGCUGGACUGCAUGUGUCCGCGAUGAAAGAUGGGCAUCCCUCAUUUUGCCCCGGUCUUAGUCGUGAAUGCUCUAGUGCGUAGCCAAGUUUAAAAUCAAACAAAACCGUGAUGAUCAUAGUAGCUCUCCCUUUUAGCUGUUGUAAGUUAUAUUGUAGUAGCUGAGCAUGAAAGACUUACUAUGGUGUUGAUCUUGGUAAUUGAAUAGUGUAAUAUUUCAUAGAGAAACUCAACAGUGAGGUUGUCUGUCGCGUUAUGCACAUUCUCAAGCCUCCCUCUGCUGGCGGUGCCGUAGUGGUGCCAAACGUGAUCAAUCCAAUCAUUCUGCACAGACGCUAACGGCUGUUUCGUCUAAAGUACACUAGUGUCCUUGAAAUACGAUGACAUUGCUAAAGUAGGAAGAUAUUUAGUAUGAAAAAUGUUUGCCAUUAUGUCGGCAAAUUUACUUUAGACAGAUGGCAAUGUUGUCAUUUGUUAGCAAAGUUUGUCAAAAAUAACUGCCAAUGUUGCUAAGCUACUAACUCGUGAACAAUAUUAGUCAUCUGUUCACAUAAGCUUGCCCAUCUUUAUGGGAAUUCGCAUUGCUUAGACCUUCACCCUAUUUAUAUCCAAAUUGAUCACGAGUAGAAACUCGAGUCAGUUUUGUCCUAUUUCAUUGUAUAUUGUCUUUUUCCUUUAUUUCAUGUAUGUUAAUUUUGUUAUUUAUUCACUGUCCAUUUUCAGGCAUCAAAUCUAUUUUCCAUUUUUAGCUUUAAGCAAGAAGUGUUCUGGUUUCAUUUGUUUCUCCAAACAUUCAAACUUGAGCCGCCAUUGCAGUUUUUCCUCUCUAUCAGCCAUGUUCAUUAAAGAUCUCUUUUUAUAUUUUCUUUUACCAUUGCCACACACUCGUGGUCGAUUUAAGCUACACUAAUAAUGAGACUGACUCUGCAUAGUUCUAUUUUUUACACAAAUAAUCGUGCAUUAUGAUGAUUUAUGGUAGUGAUCUGUUUAUUACCCGGAUCCCAGUUCUGUUUGUGCAGACUUGCCAACUCCUGUUUCCUUGACAAUGACCAGCACAAACCGAUCUGGGACCAGGCCAACUGUUUAUCGCCCCAUACCAGACUUUUGGUCAGUAUGUAAAUAUAAUACCAUCAUUACAGCGACAUCAUCAGUAGAGCUUCCAUCUAGUGGAACGAUGCCAGCUCUGAUCAGGGGUACAUUCAGUAAGGUGAUAUGUUGCAGAUAGGAAUGUGUUGAAUAGAACUGACAUGAUUCCAAAUUCAACAUGACAGGAAAUCAUAUCUUCAUCUGAACGUUUUGUAACAUUGCACACUCUUGAACAGCCCUGCUUUAACACAAAUUCUAUAUAGACAUGCAUUAGAGGCAAUGCUAGCCACCACCUUUUGAGAAAAAUAAAUAAAUACAUGUAAUGAGAUUUUGAGAUGUUAGCUUUUUUCCCACCUCAAUGUGAAUUUCUGGGUAUAAAAGCAGUAUUGUAGUUGAUAGUGUGUCAGUAGUUCAUGAGAAAAUAGUAUUUUGUGAACUCCACGGCCCUUGUUGAAGUUGAAGGCAAAUUUGUGAUCCCGUCUUACUUGAGGGUGACCAUAACCCACUAUUGGAUAUAAAUAUGCAGGUUUAUUAGGUAAGACCCUUGAUAGUAAAUGUAUUAGCUGAAACAUUAUCAAGAUAGUGUUCACAUUUGGCUGUUGGGCUUGUCCCAUUUGUCUAUGAAAGUUGUCCCCUUCAUAGAUGUUCUGUGGACUGAAAGCACCAUACGAAGCAUGAUCUUGAGCUCUUUGUAAAAUGUGAUUUUGCAUGAUUUUUAUUUUUUACUUGCAAGGUGGUCCCACAAUUAUUAUUGCCUGAAAUCAACCAACCAGGAAGAAUUGGGAAUUUGAGUCUUAUAGAAAAACCUAAUGUUUUUCAUAAUACAUCUGAUUUUUCAGUUAAUGAACAUUCAACUUAAGUUUUCAUUUUUACUAUAAUUCAAAAAUAUGGGAAAUAUCUGUCAGUUUAACGAUGUAUUUGAUUUGCUGAAUAUUACAACUGGAAAAUAGAUGGUGUAUGAUGUGGUGGUAAAAAAUGGUUGAAAACCAGCAGGAUUUGUUGUAAGCUGCUUUGUUGGAUAUAUGAGCAUCUAAUACAAAAACCUGGCUAAUUGUACAGAGAUGGGAAAAAAAGUUUGUAUAAAAGACAUAUUUUUGUACUUCAUCAAAUCUCUACAUGCAUGUCGGCAAUAAACUUUGAUAUGGAAAAGUAA